GUGAAAGUAAAUCACUUGGCUGGGAACAAGGGGAAGCCCAGCGUAUUGUUUUGCAGACUUUGCCUGCAGCUUCUUCUCAGAAUAAGCGCGGAGCAUAUACACCUGGGGAAGCACUUAGAGAGAGAUGGAUUUCCAGGGCAGAGCUCACCCUUAUCCCAUCCCAGAGGAUGAAGAGGUUGCACACAAGGUCGCUCCUGAUGCUCACAACUCCGCAGGAAAUGAAAGCGAGAAACCGGUGUCAAAAUUGCAACGUAGGCACAGUGAGAUAAAGCUCUACAAAGAGUUUUGUGACUUUUAUGCAAGAUUCAACAUGGCGAACGCCCUUGCAAAUGCCAUCUGCGAGCGCUGCAGAGGGGGCUUUGCCCCUGCCGAGAAAAUCGUCAACAGCAACGGGGAACUGUACCACGAGCAGUGCUUUGUCUGUGCCCAGUGCUUCCAGCAGUUCCCCGAAGGGCUCUUCUACGAGUUUGAAGGGAGGAAGUACUGUGAACAUGAUUUUCAAAUGCUUUUUGCCCCUUGCUGCCAUCAGUGUGGUGAGUUCAUUAUUGGUCGUGUUAUUAAAGCUAUGAACAACAGCUGGCAUCCAGAGUGCUUCUGCUGUGAUAUCUGCCAACAAGUAUUGGCUGAUAUUGGAUUUGUCAAGAAUGCUGGCAGACAUCUCUGCCGUCCUUGCCACAACAGGGAAAAAGCCAGAGGACUGGGAAAGUACAUUUGCCAGAAGUGCCAUGCCAUUAUUGAUGAACAGCCUCUCAUCUUCAAAAAUGAUCCUUAUCACCCUGAUCAUUUCAACUGUGCAAACUGCGGGAAGGAGCUCACUGCUGAUGCUCGUGAGUUGAAGGGAGAAUUGUACUGCUUACCCUGCCAUGACAAAAUGGGUGUCCCAAUCUGUGGGGCAUGUAGAAGACCAAUUGAAGGUCGGGUAGUGAAUGCUAUGGGCAAACAAUGGCAUGUGGAGCAUUUUGUUUGUGCAAAAUGUGAAAAGCCAUUCCUGGGUCAUCGUCAUUAUGAGAGAAAAGGCCUGGCCUAUUGUGAAACCCACUACAAUCAGCUAUUUGGUGAUGUUUGUUUCCAUUGCAACCGCGUGAUUGAAGGAGAUGUGGUGUCUGCUCUGAAUAAGGCCUGGUGUGUGAACUGUUUCGCUUGUUCAACUUGCAACACUAAGUUAACACUCAAAAAUAAAUUCGUUGAGUUUGAUAUGAAGCCUGUCUGCAAAAAGUGCUACGAGAAGUUUCCUUUAGAGUUGAAGAAAAGACUGAAGAAACUAGCUGAAACUUUGGGAAGGAAGUAAAGGCUUCACCUGCUCUCCCUUUCCUCUGAGAAAAUCUUUUACAUAUUACUUGGUAAAGGGCUGCUCCGAAGCUGCAGUCAGACAACAAAUAAUGAUGUAUGCCUUCUACCUAAUGGAAAUAUCUUAAGAUUCUUUAUACAUGUACAUGUAUGCUUAUUUGUUGAUAAACAGACCACUCUUCCAGACUAAAUUAAAUACCAGCUCACCUGAAAGGUUUCUGACCCAGGUAAGGUGCUUGAACUGAUGCAAAGUGGCCCAUUCUGCACAGUCAUCUGCAGAAUUUGAGAGACAGCAGCAUUGCUUAUGAAUAUCUGCAAAGACAAACUGUGCAAAUAUGUCCACCUUUAAGGGCAUGUGUUGUAAUUUAUAUUAAUGAAAGUAUUAAAUUUCGUAUUAAGCAUGUACACAAGUUACUGGGCAAGAAACUAAAGUACUUUGCCUAUGGAAAAAUUCAUGCUUGGAUUUCAGGCCAAGUCAUCUCAUUAAAGGAGCCUUGUUUCAGAUGGUUUGAAAGUAUCAUAUUUCUAAAUACUGUACAAAUGAGCUGCUUCUGAUAGAUUAUGCUUACAUGAUGAAUAUUUUUGCAUCAGGCUUAGCAUGAAAUACCUUUAUAAAAUAUAUAUUCCUACUGCAAGAAAUGAGCAUACUCAGAACUACUUGCAUUUUGCUGUAUUCCACUCAGAAUAACACAUUAACUUUUAUAUAUGCCUUUGCAUUCUAUUUACUUUUUGUGCCUUAUUCUGCUGGACCAUACAUAACAAUGUUCCAUUAAGUAUAUAUAUAUAUAUAUAUAUAUAUAUAUAGUUUUAUUUUUUAUUUCAUAUUUUUAUGCAGAAACUAAAUGCAAGGUAUUUUCAAAAGAUAACAUACAUUGCCUUACUUAUACAGGAUGCAAGGAGUAUUUUAUUUCAGAUGUGAACACCUAAGCUUAAAGUUUAGCUUCUAGACUUCAUUAAUUUUCAGGAAAAUACUGAAAAUGUGUAUUUCAGUUAACUGGUAAUAUUACUUUUACACCUUUGAGUGUAAAUAUGCAAGGUUUGAUCCUGCUAGGAUCUGUUUCUUUAGCCAUCCUCAAAAGCUGAGCUCACUAAUAAUCAGAAUUCCUUAUAAUAUACAUUUAAUUUUUUAUGCUUUCGACUUCUGUCCAUGCAAAUCUGUUUUAUUUUCCCCUUUCUUAUAGAAAAUACAGUUACUUAGGACUUCUUGAUGGUACUGCAUUAUGAAGUAUACAAAUUUUUUUUAAUUUUUUUAUAUUAGUGGCUUAAGUUUUAUAUAAUUACGUCAUAGGAAGUAAAAUUUUCUUUCCCUAUUAUUAAAACUUAGUUGCUUUAAAACAUCUGCUUUCCAGUGUCAUCAAUAAAGGCUAUGUUAUUAAACCUUG